AUGGCAAUCCUCACUUGUCUUCCCGGCCUCGAAGUAACUAUUGAAGUCGACGGCCAGCGCGCUCAAGAAUACGACGCGGAUCCAAAUGAAGUCGAGUCGCGCGCCGAGGAAAUCGACUUCCACUCCAUCCAACAGCAGACACACCACAAUCACCUCCGCCGCCGCCGCCGCCGCUUCCGCUUUGGAGCAGCUUCAGCCCCAGCUCCAGCCCCAGCUCCCUACGUGUUGAAGUACAUCGAAGCCAAGCCAGGCAAGCCCUUUGGCUUCAUCUUCGACAUGAGGAACUGUCCCAAUCUGGAGGAUGUUUUCAGUAGUAUACGUGCAGGCACGGAAGGGCCGAGCAUCUAUUACUCAUGUGUUCUGGACGGUUUCAGUACCGGGAAGAAGCACGUAUACAGCGGGACCCGGGAUACGAGAUAUUCUUGCACGACGGGUAGUGAUGCCGCGGGCUGGAAGAAGAAUAAGUUUCGUUUUAGAAGCUUGGAUGUUCUCGAAGGAAGCGAUGGUACCCAGUCCCAGUCCCAGUCCCAAGCCUCAAAAGCCAAAGAGUACGGCACGCUUCUCGUCAAACUUUAUCUAGUAGGCAAGCGAGGCCGUCUUGUACCGCAUCCCGGCAGAGCCGGCCCAACCCUUAUCGACUCGGUAUGCGAGAAGGACUUGAAAGGUAAAGCGCUUGACAGCAAGGUCAGCUUUGAUUCCGAGCCUAUUGCGCGCCCUGGUCCAGGCCGCAAACGCAAAUUUGUCGAUCAUCGCGGCCGCCCUUUUGCUGUCUUUGAGUUUAGGUAUCGAACUAUGGAAGGUCUCUACCAAGAAGCUGUCAUCUCUCGCCGUGCGGUACCAACACUGGUUCUUAAGAUAGAGAAGUUUGAGGACGAACAAGAAGUUGUCGAUGUCGAUGUCGAGGAAAAGGUCAAGCAGCGUCUCAUCACUAUCAAACAAGAACCCGAGGAAGAUUCAAUGCGCCAACCCAAAGGUAUCAAGCGAGAAGCCCCAAUGCCGAUGGACUAG